AUGAGAGAUGCGAUCCAAAUAUUUGGACAAAAAGUUUUGAAUGAAUACCUAGCACUCGGUACUAUCGGUCUCACUGGUGGAAUUGCAUACUUAGCAUCUUCCGGUGAAAGCAAGCCAAAGCCAGCUCCAGUUGCAGCUGCAGGUAGCGCCGAACCAUCAAAGGAAGAAAACGAAUUCAUCCAAAACUUCGUAGCUGAGUUUGAGAAAUCGGAGAAGGAGGGCAAGUAAAAAGUGAUGAAUGUAGUUUAAUGAUAUUAGAUUACAAUGCAA